GUGAGCCUUUCUAGCGUUUAGAGUUGCAAAAAAAAGAAAUAUUUUUGAAAAUGUAAUUUUAUAAAAUUUAUUAAUAAUUAAUAUUUUUGCCAAGUUUAAAGUGCUUCUUUGACUUCAUUUAAAAGAGAUAGAAAAAUUCACAAAUGGUGCACUAAAAAAUUUUAAAAAAAUUCGCUGUAUUGUAAGCGAUAGAAGUGAUUAUCCGCAAAAGUGGUUCAAGGUUUUUCGUGUGGAAAUAAUAAGAAGAUAAAAGAUGAAGUGAAAUGUUAAGAAGAAGUACAUCCUUCAGUGUUAUUAUGAGAGAAUUUUCUUUGGCGUGUGUACGGAAAGCAUUAACGUCUUCUUGUUCAUUGCUGAUAUUUCAUAAUACAUAGAAUAUGUAAGGACGAUCCAAAAAAUUAUGAAUACAUAGCCGUGAUAAUGAAUAAACAUGCGACCACAAAAAGGAAGACAUGCCAUUAUUAUUAUCGAACAAAUACAACAUGAAAUGAAAGAGAAAGUGAAGUAAUACUAAUCAUAUCAAAAUUGGAACUAAUUUGCAGUUCAUUUACGACGUAUUUUGUGUGGAUGAAAAUUCAUUAAAGUGAAAUUAGAUAUCUUAAGGAAGAUGAUCGAUAAGAGACAAUUUGGUAUUGUUAUUAUUGCUUUUAGACUGUUUACAUGUUAUGCUGCUAUAUCUACAGAAUUAGUUGAGGAAUGGGGUUGUUACGAUAGCGAAUUUAAGUUGACAUGCAAUGAUAUAGACUCAAAGGUUGGGAUAUUGGAAGCGACAUUUACACCACACUGUGAGAAUCAAACUGGCAAUCAAAAAUGUUUAUAUUACGACGAGGACAGUAUUAUGAAAAUUAUUGCUCAAUCAUUGAGCAGGAAAGCAGAUACUUAUGAAGAAGAAUAUGCGGCACGAAAGUUGUUGGAUGUCUUACGGAAUGCACGUUUGAGAGAACAAGAGCAUAGUGAGACGGAGGAAGCAGAAGCAAUCACUAGCGAGUAUCGAUCUGAGUUCCUUCACAGUACAGCCGUUUAUGAUCCAUCUACUAUUAAUGAAAAUGCAGAGAAUGUGUCGCUGGAUUAUGACGUGGGAACAAGAAGUGAUAAGAGGAUCAUAAGAGAUUCUUUAGAAAAAUUAAUUAGUCUUUAUCUUACGAAACUCAAAGAGGAUAGUAUCGAAUACAACCUUGACGACAAUCAUGUAAGGCAUAGACGUGAUUUGAGCAGCACAUUGCCUCAAAAGCGUAGUAAAUUAGAACCAGGGAAAUGUACAACCAUGAGACGACGUGUCGGAACUCUCGACCGGAUUGAAUUGGAAGGAGCCCUUAGAAAUCUGACCAAUACGGAAUUUAAUAUCCGUAAAUUACUUAAUUAUAGGUGUUCGGGAAAGAACCACUGCUCAUUCAUAUUCAGUAAUGAUCAUCCGUACAGUACUUUCUGGGAUGAGGGUACUGUACACAUUAAAUACAUUUGUAUGGAUAACUUUCGGGUCAACAAAUAUUGCGGUGAACUACUUCAAGUUGGCAACGAAGAUUGGGAUUUAAGGAAGAAUAUCAAUUGGACGGAAAUUAUUAAAAAUAAGAAAGAUGAUGAGGAAGAAGAUGAAAUUGAGUUAAAUGGCCCAAGAACCUCAGCACUUCGUCAAAAUGAAAUGAAUUUCUAUCAAGUAAAGAGUGUAAAAAUCAUAAAAGCAGCCAAGAAUGAAACACCAACGGCAGCACCUCAGGCGAUCAAUCAACAAAAUUCUACAAAAUUGAAUUUGAAAAUAUCCAAGCCAGUCGAAAGGGAAAAGGAUAAGACGAAAAGUAAAGUCUACUCGCAGGAUUUCAGACUAUUGAAAAUUUUGCCAAACGAAAAGCCAGCAUUAGAAAUUGAAAAAUCAAUGAAAAAAGAAGACGAAAUAGAGUUGAAAAAACAGACAGAGUUAGAGGAAUUAAUAACACAUCAGAUUGAUGCGGCAAUCGAAACGAAUGAGAUAGAUUCAGUUUUAUUGACGACUACUACAAAACCCCAGACAACAAAAUUUACAUCAAGUAUUAUUUCACCAACAUUGGAUAUUUUCACAACAGCGACUGCUAUUGGCAGCAAUGAAGAAAUAACGAUUACACAGAAGGUCAAUACAGAACAAAGUGCAACUAUUAUUGUAACAGAUGAUGAUGUGAUGAUAACGGAAUAUAAAGACUUGGAGAAGACUGUGACACAGCAUGCUACAUUGGAUAUGGACAUUCAAACUGAUAUUAUUGAUGUUACAAAAAGUGACGAUGAUAUCGUACUAGUAAAUGAUACGAUAUUAAGUAUUGACUCACCAGAAAAGGGAAAGUAUGGUAAGGAUGAAGAAAAAAGUUCUGAGAAAUCCGAUUCUUAUGAGGAUUACGAUGAAGAAGAGGAUCAAAAACCAACAAAUGUUAAACAUAAAGCACAUCAACAUACACUGCCAAGCAGUACACUUUUACAUGGAUUUAUUGCCAAUCCUGGCUAUCCAUCGUAUUAUAUUGGAAGUGAUAGGGACUGUAAAUGGAAGAUAAUUAUAGCAAAAGGACAGAAAAUGAUGCUAACGAUUCUAGAUCUGCAUUUGCGAGUUGAUGAAUAUUGUAAAGAUUCUCUUGAAAUAAUCGAUCUCGAGAACAAAAAGAGUUUAUGGAGAGGAUGUUCAGAAUUAACACGACCCAUACAGCUACAGUCCCUGUCUCAUCAAAUUGAAAUUGUACUCAAAACUAAGUCAAAAAAUAUUUAUCCAAAGAGGGGAUUCCUGAUUCAUUACAAAGCAAUUGGAUGUGUUGUUCCACAAAUACCUGAGCACGUUAAAUUAGUGAAUCGCUUGGAGAAUUUAUUGAGAUACAAUUGUGAAGAAAACCACGUUUUCCCCGAUACGUCGCAAAGCGAUCGUACGCUAAUCUGCAUUAACGAAUCUUGGAACGAUACAUUAACUAAGUGUGUUGCUGUGCACGAAACUUUGGGACGGCACAUUAGUCUAGUGAAUGAGCAAUUAAGAAGAGAAGGAGCAAAAAUGACAGCCGAAAAUGAUAUGUUGAGUGAUAUUCUCGUACCAGUGUUCAUCAUCUCUGGGCUAUUUAUCCUCAAUGCUAUUGUCUUCAUAAUUAUACUUAGAUAUCGCAAACAUCGACGAGAUGAUAAUUUUGAUCGCGAAUUAGCCGAGUUGUAGGAUAUUGGAUAUCCAUUGCUUGAUUGAGAUGAUAUUGAAUAAUAAUAGCUAUAAAUUUGUGAGAAAGACUCUUUCUCUCUAUUAAAGUCUCUUUAAAUUCACUCUCAAUGUCCAAUUCGUAUUAGAAAAAACACAAAUAUAAAUCGCUUUUCAAAAUAGGCAGGCAAGUGGGCAAGCAAGAACAAAAUUUACACAAUUAAUAAAUAAAACAACUUGUUAAAGCAUUGAAUGAUCUAUCUAAAAAGUCACAAGCUAAAUAUUUUUGCCAUUUAUAUAUUUAAAAUAUAUUGAAAAAUAAACACAUAUAGCAAUAUAGAGAAUGAAAACUAUUGAUCAAGAAACUACUAGUAGAGCAAGAAAUGAUGAUGAUAUUUACAGCAUGAACUAAAUUCGUAUUGAUAAGGUAGAAAUUCAGACUAUGAAGAAUCUUUUAUUUUUUAUUGCAAUUAAAUUUGCUGAUAUUAUAAAACGAAAUAAACAUGCAAAUUCUCAGACAUAGCAUUUGGGAAUCUGUUG